GGGAGCAUUUCAGCGUAUCUGUGAAGACAGAGUCCAUCCGUCGAUCACCAAUGUACGCACAGGGAGGGCAGCCAUCGCUCAGCCAUGAAAGUACGCACACUUCGACAGGCGGAGGGGGGCGGGGACGCAGCGGCAUCCAACACCUAUGCGUCAAUCGAAACCUGCCUGCCUGCCUGCCUGCCUCUCGUCUGGUCCGCAUGUGUGGUUGCUCAUUGCCAAAGAAAGAGUGUUGGCUGUCAGGAAAUAGAAAGAGGGAGUCCGAUGCCCAUACAAACAAAAUCACCUACGCUAGUAUACAUGCUCCAUACAAAGAAGCAACCCCAACUGAUCCAACCCUACCCCUGCGUCGCUCUCCAGCAUAGGGUAGGCCGCCCACUGCGCCGCAUUCGGUGCCAGCAGAGAGACAAACGUCCAUGUGCCUGUGAGGCAGCCCUUCCCAUUCUCACCUUGAAGUCACUGUCCAUUGCACGCAACCGCUUCACGCACCGAUAAAGCUGUUCAUGGGGCUCUUGAAGGUCUGUGCUGUGACUGUGUUGCUCUUGGUCGCCUCCCGACCAGAGUGAAUCUGCCACACAAAGUGAACGCAGACAGGCGGCCGCUGCUUGUACCCAUUCACGCGCAGAUGUGUCUCUACCUGGUCGUUGAACAACGAGGACGCCCCUGCCGACGGACUGGCUCUGGUCUGUUCGCCACGAAAAGGGAGUUGUCGAAGUUGACCUCUCCGUCAGCUCAAACUGAAUGGGCGACCUUAUCGGCCACCGUGAUGACAACUUCCGUGACAUUUUCUCGGUCGACUCCUGCCUUCACAGCUUGUAGAUGACGAGAAUGGAGUUGUCGUUGAUCCACUGAGAGCCCAGCUGGGCGGCGCGCCACCCACAUUGGCAAACUCUAGCGCCUGAGGCGCGGCCGCUAUCACGAUGUGCUUCCCAUAGGACCCAGCCUGCCAAAUCUCCCUCACCUGCAGUGACCCCUUGCGAAGGAGGCUGUGUCCAGCUGUUCGAGAGGAGGAAAACGGAGAAGGAAGGGUCGAGG